GGCCUCUGUGCCUAGCGACGUAUCCACCGACCGACAUAGUAUGGAUGAGAAGCCAACGGUUGGGAAUAUCUUCUUGAUUCUAAUGCUGUGCACAAGUUCAACCUCUUCCGCUUCUCUUCGUCUCUUCUCUUCUCGUCUUCACAAACGACCUUCCUGUCAGAUCAGUAUAAAACAUACUUGAAACUUUCCACCGUCCGUCGUAAGGCGAUAAUAUAAUGCCAUAUAUAUAUAAUAUAAAUUGGACCAACUCUGCAUACGGUUGCAUCAUACCUACUUCUGUUUGACUUUAUUCAUAACCCCUCACUCACCCCAAAACAUCCACAUAGACUACCCAAGUGAAUCCCAUAAUUCUUCGUGGUAUGUUCUCAUUUACUUUCCGUCUUCGAACCUCGAGACGGGGAGAAUAUACUUUCGACGUGUCACUUCAUGUUGGUUCUUUCCACACAUGAACAGAGGAUGUGGAUGUGCUGCUACACAUUCAUCGAUCGAGUCUCUUCUAGUCUAACAAUAUCAUUCCAUGCGAUUUCUUUUCAGAAUCCGCACAUUCACCUCACCUCGAGAACCGCAUACAAUUCCCCCCAACCGAGAAAGAAGCAUCUGCUAACGUCGAAUCAUCUACUAGUACACUCCUAGUGCCAUCGCAUGAGAUCUAAAAAAACGUCACUCGGUUCACUAGUUCUCGUAACUUAAUAUUCACCCACUACCCUCGACAACUUCAAGCGUCUUGAAUAUGCAAAGGAUUAUUCGCACGACACUCUUUACCAUAUUUCUCACGUUAACAACUUAUUACAUCAUUCCCAAUAAUCAACUACUCAAAAACUCGUCAUAUUGAUCAACCGCCAAACGCAGAUUCACUUGGACGACAUGAAUCAAGCAGUUCCAGUGAACCAUGCAAGUGGACCGCCGAGAGAUAAACCCCCCUACAUGCAAAAUGGAGUGAAUAACUUUAUUGAACUUUCGGAUUCCGACUCCGAAGGCUACGAAGAUGCCUUUCAUGUACCUGAAGUCCCCGCACACUCCCCACAUCUAGAUAUGCAGCGCCAUCAACUCGGAGGGUAUCUUGGUGCCAAUAACCAGAUAUUUGAUCUCGAGAAUAACAACCUAAUGUACCAACCUCGAUUACCUCAACCCGCAGUGGCAGCUGUACCCGAAAACAACGCAAUGGCCAGAAAUCUUCCUCCUGUCAAGGGUGAAGAAGGGGAAAUGAAUUGGGCUCAGUGGAUGGAUGAGGAGAAUGAUGAAGGUAUCAAUCGUGUAUUGCUGGAAGAUUAUACUCUUCAAGCGGAAUACAAUCGAGCCUCCCAUGCGUUUGUUGAUCCUUCUCGUCUCGAUCAACCAUUUCAACCACCAGAAGAUAAUUCACAUCCACCCAUGAUGGAAACAAAAACUGAAUGUAUCAAUACAGUUAUUGCAGUCUUCCCAGAUAUUUGUAGGGAUCAUCUUGCUGGUAUCUACGAACGUAUAUCUUCCAAUUCUGAUCAAUUGAUUUCUCACAUACUGGACAAUGGAACUCCUUACCCAAAAGCAAAGGAUGUACAGAAGCAGUUGAAGAGGAAGAGAGUACUCACCGAAGAAGAGGAAGCUAUACAAAAAUAUGAAGCUGCCGGUCGCGUCGUUGGACCCAGUUUGUUUUUGGAGCGGACACUGGUUCGGAGCAUGCUUUCAUUCGAAUUUCCAGUGGUUCCAUUGGCUUUCAUAGAUGAAACACUACGUUCUACUGGCCAUCGCCUUUUCUCUGCCUAUCGCACACUCGAGGAAGCAGAUCGAACUUUUGAUGCUAACAAUCCACCAUAUAGAAGAAUCAAAACCCCAAGAAAGAUGCCACAUGAAUACCGAGACGGUAGAAUUGAGGCGUCCAUUCAAAAUAAUGAAUCGCCCGAGAAGACGGAUACUUUAAAAGAACUACUCGUAUGUCGGAAGAUUCGAAAGACUGCGGAAAGUCGUCGCCUCGCCGAACAACAAGCAAUUCUUGCGGAAGAAGAGAAUCUAAAGAGAGCCGAAGCCGAGGGAACCAUGUCAGAAUGCUGCUGCUGUUACUCGGACUAUCCACUCAAUCGCAUGGUACAUUGCAACAAUGAAGAAGUCCUACAUUGGUUUUGCCGUGGGUGUGCACGACAAGCAGCGGAGACGGAAAUCGGAAACUCCAAAUAUCUGCUAAUGUGUAUGUCCACGGAUGGAUGUGAAGCUGGGUUUUCUCUUGAACAAAGAAAUCAAUUCCUAGACGAAUCAACCAUAGUCGCCUUGGAACGUAAUGAAGCAGAAGCUGUCUUACGUAUGGCUGGGAUCGAAAAUCUCGCCAGUUGUCCAUUUUGUCCAUUCGCAGCAGAAUAUCCUCCCGUUGAAAUUAAUCGAGAAUUUCAAUGUCAAGCUCCUGAUUGCGAAAAAGUCAGUUGUCGACUUUGUAAAUUGGAAUCACAUAUUCCUAUGACUUGUGCAGAAAAUGCCAAGGAAAACGGUCUCUCGAUUAGACGACAAAUUGAGGAAGCAAUGUCUGCAGCAAUGAUCAGGACUUGUAACAAAUGCAGUACUCCAUUUGUAAAGGAAGAAGGUUGCAAUAAAAUGACAUGUACACGCAAUGGAUGUCGUAACGUCCAAUGCUAUGUUUGUUCCAAAUCAUGCAAUUACGAUCAUUUCAAUGAUGUAAAGAGAGGCGGCAAGGAAGGAAAUUGUCCAUUAUUUGAAUCGGUGGAGGAACGACAUAAUGAUGAAGUUAAGAAGGCCGAAAAAGAAGCACUGGAUAGAGUUCGCGCAGAACAUCCCGAAUAUUCCGAGGAGGACUUGAGAGUUAAGAUGUCGGUAAAUGUCACAAAGGAUGAUGAAAGGAGAAGGGCUGCGGAUCCAGUUGCCAGAAAUCCAUAUGCCCUUUAUGGACCAGGAGCAAUGGGACACGAACAAGACGCAUGGCUUCGUGAUAAUGAUUUGGAACUUGCGAGAUUACAUCUUGGGCUUGGGCUUGGUUUUCGAUAUGCGCUUGGAGAUGGGGAUGGGGAUGGGGGUAUUGCUCGUCCAGAUCCUGUCCCAUUUAAUGGAGAUGGAGCUGGAGAUGGAAAUGGGGAUAGAGAUGGAGAUGCAGAGAGGGAGAGAGAGAGAAACCGAGAAGGAGAAGGAGAAGCUGUUCGACAACUUCUUCUUCAUCGACAUCAUCUUGAAUGUUGGAAUGGAAAUGGGAAUGGAAAUGAGAACAUUGCACUCCCAAAUCCUAUCCAAUUCAAUGCAGAUAGGGUUGCAGCCGCCAUUGCAAAUAGAGAGAGGUUAGGAAAUCAAAACGAAGAAAGAGAACGAAACGAGAGGGAAGCGGUUCAACAACUUUUUCAUCAUCAUCAGUAUCUGUAUCGUCUUCAACAUCCGCUUGGAGAUGGGAAUGGAGAUGCAAAUGUAGUUGCGGUGGCAGAGAGGGAGAGGGAGAGAAAUGGAGAGAGAGAAGCUAGGGGGUUUGCGCAGAGGUCUUUUGGUCGUGAUCUGGUUCAGUUGGGUUUGGGGGAUGGGGAUGGGGAUGAGGACGGGGAUGAGGAUGGGGAUUUCCCGGAUCCAGUCUUGCUUAAUGCAGGUGGGAACGAAGAUGCAGCUGCACUUGCGGCCGCGAAUGUGGUUGCAGAUGCAGAGAGGGAGAGGGAGAGGGAGAGGGAGAGGGAGAGAGGGAGAAACCAAGACCGAGAAAGAGAACAAUAUCCUUUUCAAUAUGCGGAUGGAAAUGGAAGUGCAGAGAGAAACCAAGACCAAGGAAGAGAACAAAAUCCUCCCCGAUAUACGGAUGCAGAUGCAGAGAGGGAGAGGGAGAGGGAGAUAGUAAGAAACCAAGACCGAGAAAGAGAACAGUAUCCUUUUCAAUGUGCGGAUGGAAAUGGAAAUGCAGAGAGAAACCAAGACCAAGGAAGAGAACAAAAUGCUCAGGAACUUAUUCAAAGAAUUCAUAAUCGAUAUCUUUAUAGGAAUGGAAAUGUAAAUGCAGAGAGAAACCAGGACCAAGAAAGAGAACAAUAUCCUUUUCAAUAUGCGGAUGGAAAUGAGCAAGAAAUUAACAAUUAUCCUAACUUUCUUCCUUUCCCGAUACGGAGACCUGAAGCUCAAUCUCAACCUCAACCUCAACCUCGGGCCUUGAUGCCAGAACCCCCUGGUCUGGAUGUUAUGGGUGACAGGGAAAUAAGAAGAACUAUCAGAAAUCUUUCGCCUCCUCGUUUAGCUCGUGAUCAUAAUAAAUUUAUGGGGAAUCGAGAGAAUCUGGGUGGGAAUGAGGGAUUGUGGCAACGACUUGAGAGAGUGGCCGCUCAGAAAGAUUUGCGUGCUCGUGAUGUUUUGGGGAUGUUUAAUGAUGAUGGGGGAGAGGAUUUUGAGUUUUACUGGAAUCGGAAUCGGAAUCUUAAUGGGGAUGGGGAUGGGGAUGGAGAUGGGGAUGUGCGUGAUGAGGUGGGAAGUUUGAAGAGGGAGAGGGGUGUUAUUGAGGGGAUUCCGAUGCCGGAGGAGGAUGUGUUCAGUGAUGGGGAGGGUGGGGAGGGGGAAAAGGAAGGGAGGAGGAAAUGAAGAUGGGGGUGGAGAUGGAGUUGGAGGAAGAAAUCAUGAUGGGGGUGGAGAUGAGGAUGAGAGGAUUUUCCCUUUGAUUCUUUUUUUUUUUCUUUUUCGAAAGAGGAAUUGAGAUGAGAUGAAAUAAUAAUAAUUAGAUUGAUUGGUUGGUGGUAGUGGUAGUGGUAGUGGUAGUGGUGUAGUAGUGUUUAUCGAGAUAUUUUUUCUCUUUCUUUCUUUCUAAUCCUCUCUCUCUCUCUCUCUCUUUCUGCGAGUGAGUAGAUAGGUAGAUAGAUAAAUUAAUAAAUUAAUAAAUUAAUUUAUUAAUAAAUUAAUAAAUUAAUAAAUUAAUAAAUUAAUACAUUAAUACA